AUGCUCUCCGCCGGUCAGCCACCGGUCACACCUGCCCUCGGAAACUCGCCGUCCAGUGUAUCCGUGACGAAGGCGCACAUCAUGCCUGAUCUGGAGCCCAACGGCACCUCAACACACGCCGCAAUGCGUCUUCAAUCAAAUCAGCGUUCCCCAACCCAGCAUAUCUGGGUAGUAACUGGUCCCGCUGGCUGUGGUAAAAGCACCGUUGGCCAAGCCAUUCGCCAGGAACUGAACCUACCUUUCUUAGAAGGCGACGAUUACCACCCCAAAGCCAACAAGGACAAGAUGGGCAACGGCACCCCUCUUACAGAUGCGGACCGUUGGGACUGGCUCAUCUCACUCCGCCAGGCAGCCAUCGAUGCCCUCUCACCCUCCGAGUCCAAUAACUUCCACCCGCCCGCCGGUGUGGUUGUCGCUUGCUCUGCUUUGAAGCGGAAAUACCGCGAUGUGAUGCGUGUCGCCGCGUACGGCUCGCCUUCUGUGCAAAUCCACUUCGUCUAUCUCAAGCUCACAGAGGCUGUUCUUAUGCAGCGUGUCAGCCAACGCAAGUCCCACUACAUGAAGAGCGACAUGGUUCAAUCGCAGUUAGCUGCUUUGGAGGAGCCGCAGGGCGAGUGGGAUGCCAUCACGAUUAAUGUGGAGGGAUCACAGGAGCAGGUGCAGCAGAAUGUGCUGGAGGCCGUUACUGACAAGCUCAAGGAGUAUUCUUGA